AACAAUAUGGCGCGAUCUUUGGCGCGAAUUUUGUUGUUACAUUUUUGUGCGUUUCAAGUUUAAAAAUUAGAGUUUUUGCGGAAAAAACAUGGUGCAGAUACAUAUAAGAGGUGUUAGCAUUGAGUUUCCUUUCACACCAUACGACUGCCAAGUUUCUUACAUGGAAAAAGUGAUACAAUGCCUUCAAGAGGUGAGGUGUAUUUUUCGCGUUUACCUCGGUGUAAGAACCUGUGAACUUUUUCUUUCUUUUGCACCUUUUGUUUUCCUAGGUUUUAUUGUGUUGACUUCUUUUUUUCCUUUGCUUUACGUUACAUCGUGAGUUUCACAGGUUCUUAUACCGAGGAUGAGCUUAUAUUUCAGCUGAGGUUGCUUUCAGCACCCAGGCAAAGAGAACGAUUUUAAUACUAAGAAUUUAGAAAGAUUUCCGUAAAAACCCCCACGCUUGUUAUGAAAGCAGUAAUUUCGUACUAUUCCAUACUAUUUUCACAGAAGUUUAUUCUUUACGAAGCGAUAACCUGUUCCAGGCUCUCAGAUAGUGGGGAAGACGCAAAAGUAAAAGGCACGCGAAAGAGGCAGUGGCGGCAAAAAGGAAAUAGUUUCCUUCCGCUUUAUGUUCAUGUUCAUGCUUUCUCAAAUAUGCGGACCGGACUAUCUCAGAGGCGGGUACAGAAGCGAGAGCUGUUUAGGCCCAAGCAGAGCAAAGGUUUAGGUAAACUUGUCACCCGCAACGUGCACAAGGAUUGCCUCUUGCUUUCUAUUGGUUUAAGUGAAUGCAGUUGCCUAGCAACAUGGCAUGAUGUAAACAAAACUGCCACAAACCUGGCCCAGUUCUUUUAGCAGCCAUUUAAUAGGUCAAGAAAGUCUUUUCGCACUGGGUAGAAGUACCUCUAACAGAAAGUGGACGUGAUUUGGACCAUUAGCUUCAAAAUAACAGUGAAAAUUGUGGUACAAAAACAUAUGUUUUGUGCCCUACUUUGCAGACAAGUUGUAUCAGCUUUGUUGGGCAUGUAUUCUUUCAGUGCAAUGAGAUGAUUUUGAAUUUGGUUUUUUAUAGCUUAUAGCCCGGUUUUUUUUCCUGAAAUAUAUCUUUGAAUUUGUGUUUAAUAUGGCUCAAACAGCUUUAAAUGCCAUUUGCUGGUCUGAUAGAAGUUCCAUGGAAAAGGCUUUAAAUCAAAUACCUUUCUUCUCACUUAUCUAUUUAUCCUCAGUAGUGUAGUGGUAAGGAAAAGUCUUGCCAAACAGGAUGUGAGAGUCUCAAUUCCUAGUUAAUAACCCUUUUCUUUUUUCUUUCUUCUUUUUUAUUUCCCGCUGUUGUUUUGGUUUGUUUGCUUAUCUUUUUUUCAUAUAUACACAGGCUACUAUGCAACAUACAUUGAAAUAUGGCUGCCAUAUUGAAGUUGUGAAUUUGAGCCCAGGCCUCUCGCAGAUGUCAUCUUUUCAUGUGCAAAAACUGCAGGCAAAAACAUAGUUGCUGCAAAGCAAAAGGUCACUAACUGAGCAUCUUUCAUCAAAAUUUUCAUUGGGAGCAUGCCAUGUGCUAUGCCUGUUAAUAGCACUGCAAGGGCUCUACAAAAUUCUAUUGAGAACCCUGUUUAGUGAGUUGCAGGGGUUAAUCCAGUCCAGUCUGUUCUAGGUUUUGAUGAUGCCUUCCAGGGACUCUUGUGAUUUUUCCUUGAAAGAUUUUCCUCUGAUAACUGAUGUAAAGUGUUUAUGUACCCAUGCAGUUAUGCACUAUCUAUAUCUUUAUAUACCAGUCAUUAAUUAUCUGAAAGGGUAAAAAUAACUUGCCAGCCAACUACAGUUGGGCUUUAUCCUAGUAUCCACAUGGUUAGAAGAGGUUAUCAGAUGAUGAUCUGCUCUCUGUAACAGACAAUUUUAAUUCCUCCAGAAAAAGAAUGGAAUUCUUGAGAGUCCUACCGGUACUGGCAAGACACUGUGUCUGUUGUGUGCAACAUUGGCUUGGCGUGAAGCCUAUGUAGCUAAGCUACAGCUUAAUCAAAGGCUAAGUGCUGAUCAAGGUGGAUCUAAUUAUGUGGAGAAACUGGGUGCAGAGUUACAGCAGGCUGCCAACGGAGACUCUUGGAGUGCACAGGAUGGCAAUGAUAAAGGUUAGCAGGUUAAUCACAGCCGUUAUUAACCGAUAACCAAUAAAGCACUUUAGAUUGAGGGAGAAUGAUUAGCAUGCGUCCGGUUAGUGCAUGGGCUUCUGUGCAGGAAGUCCUGAGCUCAGUUCCCAGGUGUGGCAUCAAAUCUUUCCUUUGACUUCUUUCUUUUCCAUGUAGCUUUAAGUAGCUUUAUUCAUACCUGUAAAACAGAGUCAUUGUGGAGGGUGGGGGGUAAAAUGAGCACGCUGUCAGACUAAGGUUUGUUAGUCAGAUGACUAUUUUGAGCUGCCAAUGUAAAAUAAGCAUUUUUUACCUUUACCUUCUUUUAUACUUGAUUACUGAAAAAGUUUUGCCAUUGUAUAUAAGUCAAAGUAUACUUGCAAUGAUUGUGAACUCACCCUAGCUUCCCCUCCUUCAUACUGGAUCCUCCUGAAACAUCCUUUUUUCCAGAUACUGGGUAUUUAUUAUGACCAUGCAAAUAGGGGGAUGUCAGGAACAAUUUUCUUGGUUGUUAGUUUUCCAGGUCAAAGCUCUCUAUCUGCUCUUGCUAUUUUUCUCUUCAGUCUUUUUUUAUGUCUUCUGAAUUCCUGUCAUUGAAUUCUUAAUGUUUGAUGUGGCACUGCAUGUAGUUUUUGUGAGAUUUUCAUGGUUGGGAAGUUUAAAGUGACAAAGACAAUUGUCUAUUAUCAUUAAAUUACAGCUUCCUUUUUUGAGCCCCCAAGAGUUCUGUAUGCAUCUAGAACACACUCUCAGCUAUCACAAGCUGUACAGGAACUGAAGAACACUAUUUACAGGUACAACCUUGCUACUAUCCUUUAUCUAUCAUUCCAAAGAGUUAUAGUUAUGUAGAUCUGAAAGCAGCUACUGUAUGUCAUUAGCCAAAGAAAAAACAAAAACAAAUAAAUUUGCUCUACCUUGUUGUGACGGUAUAAAAUGGGAUGAUUGCAUUUGAGUUUUAAAACUAUGAACAUGUGAGUGAAUCAAGAAAAGUAUUGGGCUGAGUUUGUACGGUUCACUUUUGGGUGACUCAAUAUUUUUUCUUAACCUGUUCUCAGUUUAUUGUGUCUUCUCAGUUUAUUUCUCACCUUAUUUGCAGACCCAAAGUUAGCAUCAUUGGUUCUCGUGAACAGCUUUGCAUCAAUAAUGAAGUGUUAAAGCAAGAAACCAAUUCAGGCAAGGUGAGCUAAGAGAUCUCUGUCUUUGAACAACAUAACUCAAUGGAAAAUAAACAUUAAGCUCCUUGAAAUUGUUAAGUUUGAUUUUUGUGGUGAGCAAAGUUCCUUUCAACCUGGAAAAAAGUUAUCUUCAGCCGGGUGCAAAGAAAAUCAUUUUUACGGCUUGCCAUUCGGACAAGCUGAGGCUAGCAUUUACUAGCCUAGAUGUCAUUUCAACUAGCCCCAAAACCUUUUUGACUAGCAGAAUUGAUUUCAUAGUUCUUCUGUUGUUAGAAUUCCUCAAAAAAAGAGAUCACUUGCCCGUUGGGCAAGUUAAAAACAGAAUUUACUAGCCCAAUAGCAAAAUCCACUAGCCCUGGGCUAUCAGACACUACUUUCUUUGCACACUGUUCAGGGUUGAUCAAGGGUAAGAUUAAAAUUAAAAACAACAACAAUAAAAAUUGCUCUUUCUUUUGGGCAAGGUGUUGUGUACUUAGGCACAGUCUUGCAGGCCUACCAACCUUCUUUUCAUUAAGGUGGCUCCGUAAUUAAUACAAGAGCAUUUAGCUGAGACAAAUUUUCCAUCAUAACUUUUUCGAUUUUAACGCGAUGGCUGCGAAACUGACUAUCUGAGCUUCGAUACAAGGUAGCUUACAAUCCCAAUACCUUUUUCCUGAGUUGGAAACAACGUACAGCAGGAAAAGCCGUUGAGGAUGCAUUGCAAUACAUCAAAAUGUAUGUAGCAGGAGUUUGAACCAAAACUGCCAAGGGAUAUUUUAAGAAUGUCGAGGAACAAGUCAUUCGACGUCAGAGCAAGGUUUGGAGCAAUUUAUGGUGCUUCUAAAACUAAAAAGUACCUUUUAAAGAAUAGCACGAUAGGUAAUCGGCUUUUGUUUUCAGAAUUAGCAAACGUUGAAUUUACUUGUCCCGAAAAUUCAAACUGGUGGCUCCUUCUUCCUGAUAGUAAUUUAUUUUUGAAAUUCCAAAACAAUUUCACAGCUGAAUUUUGAGCGACUUUUAGUCACGGACUUCUGCUCCAGCGAUUUUUCUGAAAUUCCUCUAGCAUAUUUAUUAUCAAUUAAAGCCGAUUCCAGAAAUUUCAGUAAAAAAUAUCUGCAAAAUUUUUUACUAGACGCGAUUUCCUUGGAACAUUAGGGUCCUUUUAAGCGCUAAUUUCUCAAGAAAUAUUUACCAUCAAUGAAAUCGGAAUAUUUCGUAUUAUUGCCGAAUUGUAUCUGUUGUUCUUUGCAAAGUUUCGCAGCCAUCGCGUUAAGAACCAAAAAGUUAUGACGGAAAAUUUGUCACAGCAAAAUGCUCUAGUAUUAAUUACGGAGCCACCUAAACAUACUUUAAAACGGCAAAUACUGCUUCCCCAUCAGACUACUCAUCAUUAAAACAUGCUAUCACGAUGGGUUGUUCCAAUAGCCAUGGCUAUCCAACAGCACAUUUGUUGCGCCUUGGGGUUGCAAAUGAACAGGAGAGAUGUUAAUAUUUGUCCUUUCUCUUCUAAUUCAAAUUCAAGAAGUGUAUGGCAGAACCCCGAAUUUUCAAAUUCUCUAUUUGAUUUCCAAGAAAAUGUAGGCAAAAAUGUACUAGCAAACCUCUGAACCUUACUGUAAAUUAAAACUGUGAUUAUUUUGGACUCUAUUGUAUGCCAAAAUUAAUGUUAUUGUCUUGUCUCCAAUAAUAGGUGCACUUUUGCAGAGCAAAAGUUCAAGCAAGAAAUUGUCAUUUUUACAGCAACCUGGAAGGUAUGGUUUCUUUUCAACCAGUCAUCUACAAUGGUGUAAGAACUUUUUAUUCUACUGAAUUGCUCCAUCCUUUAUGCUAAGUAAACUGAAGUCCACUUUUGCCUCCUUAACUGGAGAUUAAUUCUGACCUUUAUUUUGACCACAGUACUGUAUCUUACAAAGGAUGGCAGUUUGCAGGCUAGUUUAAUGCUUUGGUAUCUUCUAUUCUGCAGCAAACAAAGCAAACAAAGAUUUUACUCAAAGUAUUCUUGAUAUUGAAGAUCUGACAGAGCUUGGACAAAAGCACAGGUAAAUGCCUCAGUCAUACUUUUUGCUUUAAGAGUUUGUACAAAAUCUUUAAAAAGUGACAUGACCGUUCCUCACAUAAAACUAAUUGAGUGCCAAGUGUCAGCAAUCAUAGUUUGGUACCCCAUCUUGGUAAUAUAACAAGUGAGAAGGGAAGACACUGCCAUGGGUUUUUUGAGUUUUCACUGAAAGUCUGAUGUUAAUAUGAGUUUCAAUAUUGAAUUUGGUGCCACAAUACAGUUAAUUCACUUCAUAUUCUAAUGCAGAAAUUCAACUGCUCAAGUUGUAAGCUGAUUCAGUGCUUUCAAUAUCCAGAUAAGGUCACUUAAUCUUUCUUGAUCUUCGGUUUUUUAGGGUGUGUCCUUAUUACAUGGCAAGAGAACUAAAGACUGGUGCAGACAUAAUAUUUAUGCCAUACAACUACCUCUUGGAUGUAAAAGUCGGUUUAUAGUAAUCUUUUUUAUGACAUCUAUAUAUUUUAAACCCUUUGAACAGGUGUUGUAUAAGGGGAGUAGUGGGGAGCAUCUUUAAAUAUGUGGAAAACCAACUGCAGUGAAUAAAUUGAAAAAAAUGAAAUGAACAAGUGAUAAUUACACUGUAAGUAGUGGCUUGCCCACAGUUUAGUUCCUUGUUACCCAUUUCACAUCAAAUUGAAGUUAUAAAGUGUUGGUUUUUGACCUGGAAAAAAACUUUUCAUAGCAAGGGUGAGAACCAACAACAAACUCAACCCACAUACGAUGUGCCAACACCAUGUAGAUUUUGCCCAUGCACAGAUUAGUGCCAGAAUGGCAUAGGAUUUUGUCCAAGUCAGUUUAGAUUAGUUAGAGUGACAAAAAAUUAUUGUCCUGCCAUGACUCAACUUUCUCUAAGAGUAAAAGGGUCAAGCUUCUUCUCACAGUUUGCUUAAAAAGUGUGACUUGAAAUACUUGUCCUGCAUUUAACUUUAAUUGCCCCUGAUACUACAUACACAGAAAGCGUUUUCCAUUUAGUGCCAGUGUAUUGUUCACUGCAAAUUAGUAUAGUAUACCAUGGCAUUUUUGGUUUAAAAAAAGAGGAGGACACGGGAAGUAUUCAAGUUAUAUGAUUGCUCACAUGUUUAGUGUUUAAUUUUCUUUUAUUUCAUCAGUCAAGAAAGGCAAAUAAUGUAGACAUAUCAGGCAGUAUCAUUCUUUUUGACGAGGCUCAUAACUUGGUAAGAAAAUGCUGAUGGAAGUUAAAAUAAUUUUACCAGCAUGGUCCAUACACACACAAAAAAAAAUGUGUCCCAGACAAGUGAUUUUGGUUAGGGGACAAGUGUGUAGGAAGACUCUAAAACCAUCUUUGUUUUACCAGUAAACAGUAAGGUUUUUUGUGGUGUAAGUAAACUGAUCACCCUGAGAAACUCGUGUUAGAAAUGGAAAGGUUGUAAGAGCUGAUGUGCAGCGUUUCUCCUUUUAAUUAGUAGGAAACAAAGUCACUGUUGACUUUUAUGGAUUUUGCACUGUUAGUGGUGAUCAUGAUGUAAUAGAUUUUGCAAUGUUGUCUAAGCAUUUAUGGACUGGAUCCGUUGUUGGAGGACUAUAAUAAAUUUAUGCUCUUGGAAAAAUAAUUAUAGGUAGCCCAAAACUUUGGAGCUUUGAAAUUCAGGACAUGGGCAAAUUCAGAAUUUUUUUUAUCUUUGGGAUCAAAACAUGUGCACCUGUUAAAGCUAUUACGACUUUUACCCCUGGUGGCCAUUAUUUCUUUGUAUUAUUAAACUCCUUUGAGCUUUGGUUUUACUUCAGGCAGAUUGGCUAGACAGCACUGAAGGGAGUUGAAAAUGAAACUAACAGUUAGCUAAUGUAUUUUUUGUCCUUUCAGGAAAAGAUGUGUGAAGAGACAGCCUCCUUUGAUUUAACUUCCUUUGAUAUUGCAUCUUGUAUAGAAGAUGUAGCACAGUGCAUUGAGUUUGUUGAAUGUCGUGAGCAUAACGAAUUGGAUGUUGAUGAAGGAACAGGUAAUGUACUCUUGCAGUCUAGUUUAAAAGAGAGCAUACAGUCAUGUAGGGUGGAGCAGGGGUGGCAUUAGGAGGUUAAGUAUACUUCUUAAAAAGGCUUACUUCUUAAAGAAUGUCAAAGAACUCAUGCACUCACUUUUCUUUAAAUUUACUGAGUCACCACACAUACACACUCCUUUCUCGUGGUACAUGAUUUAACGUCACUAUAAUCUUUGAAGAUAACUAAGAGACUCUCAACCAGUGCAGUGGUGUGAAUGUCAUGUGAAGACUUGGACACACAAUUUUAGUUGUAAAAAGUAAUGUUUUAUCGUCAGUUACAGUGACAUAUAUGUUGCUGUUUAUUUUGUUAUUCAGUAAAUUUUUAUUUUUCUUUUGUUUCAAAUGCAUACAUUACCAUACCCAAGACAACAGGAAAAUGAAAAUUAACUGAGAUAAAAAAUUAAGGUCAAGGUUUUAUUCUAAAAAAGUGUUUAUUCCAGUCUGUAUUAGGAUAAUGUUUUUCUAUGCCAAAGUCAAUCAUAUUGAACAUGCACUUAUUGACUUUCCUUUUUGUUUUUGACUGAAAAAGGUGAUGUGGAUGUUAGCAAGGAAGACCUUGCCCGCCUUAAAUGUAAGAGACAUUUGAUUGGUAUUUCUGUAAUAUUGAUCACUUAAUUAGAGGUUUGAGUAUGGUGAUACCGUAAUAAAACCCCUAUUAAAAACCCUCAGUUUAUGAUUGAAUGUAAAAUGGGCUUAUAUACACUUUUUCAUGUUUUGUAACUUUUUUCACACUAACAAAAAAGUACUUUGUAUUUCAAAAAUUUGUAUUAGAAAAACAAACUACAGUGCUGUUUUUUUUUUUUUCUGCAGCUCUGUUUAUUGAACUUGAGCGUUUGAUUGAUGCACAGGAGCUGCCAAAAAAUGGUGAUGGGUUAACAAAGCCUGGCAGGUUUGAUUUUUGUGGUGUUUUGUUACUUCAUCACUUAUUAUUGUUGCAAAGCCCUCCAUAUGUUUUUUUUUAGUUUAUGGUAGGUAGCUUGUUAAAUCUUGCAAGGAAAAUGAUUCCAUUUUUUACAUUCAGGCAAAUUACUACUGACUGGUUAGCUUUUAAAAUUGUUUAAGCUUUGGCAUUAGACUUUUUAACAACAGACCCAUUUUGAUCACUAGUCAGAACAGAAUUUGGGACCACAAAAUAUUUGAGUAGAACGUGCUGCUCCCUCACUUUGUUCAUAUCUGCACAGGGUCAGUCUAUUCCCAUUGGAUGAGGAUAUGAAACUAUCAGUCCCACCUCACAAUACUUCUCUGAAUUGCCUUUUGUGGGAAGUAAAAGAACUAAUGAGGAGAUAACCAUUUCUAGCAGGGACCACCCUUGUGUCUAUCUGUCAUUGGUUGUGGGUAUGGGUAGAGGAGGAUACCUGGCUUAGGAUGUGAGUAUCAUUUGUGCCACACCCCACUGGGUAGACCUGUGUCCAGUAAAGCUGAUAAAAGUAAACUUAUUUUUGAAAAAAAAAUUAUAUAUGAUUAUAUAAAGGGUUGGCUGAGUGUCCAUGCUUUUUUCUAAUAUCUCCCUCUCCUUCACAGGUUUAUGUUUGAGCUACUGUCCAAAAUUAACAUAACCUCUUCCUCAAAAGAUCAAGUCCUGGAGGUUUUGGAUAAGUGUAAUUCUUUGUUGAUUGGAGGUGAGAGAGAUACAAAAAGUAAAUAAUAGUAAAGGGGCUGGAAUAGGGAAUGGCCUUGUUUUUUUUUUGUUUUUUUUUUACAAGUCUUAAAUUGUGUGUUUAUGUGUAAAUCUGUGUUCUUUGCAAGACAGGGCACGACAAAAACUCUGUUCAGUAGCCUAGGGCUAUUAUUGUGGCACAAUCUGUUGGGCUAGUUUGUUGUAUUUUAUUGUCUGAUGAGCUAGCAACAUUUCCCAUGAUAAAGUAUGUUAGUGGAGAAGAGGAGUUGGUUGGCCUGGACAACUGCUCCAGGCGAGUAAACUUCAGCAACAGCUUGCCUGAUUGACAAAAAAGUUUUUUGAAUUUUCAUCUCACCCUACCUACAGUGAUUUGCAUUAGUCUAAGUUUUUCUAUGAAUGGGUUUAUAUUUUCUCUUCCUGCCUGACUUUGGUAAGUCUGUUGUGUUUUUCACUACCUAGAUACAAGGAAGUUCAAAGGGAAACAUUUUGCUUUACAGAAGUUUUCUGAUGCUUUGCAGGUAUGUUACUGCAACUAGAUAGUCAUGAGUACUCUACUCUGUGAAAAAGAAAAACUGGGUUUUAAAUCCAAUCCAUUUUUCCAACUCAAAUGUGAAUCCUUUCCUUUUGCCCCUCCUCACUGACAUGUUUAUUAGGCAACCCUCAUAAACACUGCUUAUUCUAUUAGUGAAGAAGGAGUUGCUCAAUCCUGUCAUACCCAUCGGAGUGUUUGACCCAGAAGUUGAGAUUAUGACAGUGUGCCUUGUUGCACCUUGGUUAAAAAUCUAAAAACUAGUUUUGUUACUUUUAGAAAUUAACAGCACUGCCAAAAAUAUCUUUCUUGAUUAAAUCAAUAAAUAAUGAUUUAGUGGUAGCACAUCUUACACCCCAUCACAAGAUUCUGUCUACUGACUCAGCACUCGUUAAAAUCAUGAGGUAAAUAAAUUUAAUGUACAAUAAUUGUACAUUAAAUUUAUUUAAUGAUUAAAUAAUAAUUAUUAUUGUGUUAUGUUUAAUGUGGGAUAAAGAACCUUCCCAUCUAGAUCCUCAGAUGAGAAGAAGACCCUUUAUGUUACCUGCAGCUUGCCAUUGUUUUACUUUGCUUUAUUUUUAUUUCAGAUUGUUUUUAGUAAAGAUUCUUUACAACAUUCAGCAAGUGCAGAUCCAUCAUUAUUUUUCAAGGUAUAGUAGUUAAAUUUCAUUGAUUCAAUUCAGCAUAAAAGGUUAACUUCCCCACUGUGUCCCAGCGAUCCAGGUUCCAAAAGGCCUAACUCAUAGUGUGUUAAUACAGCUCUCAAGAUAAGAAUUAACAGAGCCUUAGUAUAUUCCUUUUAAGAUUGUAUAUUUUCUAUUUGGUUAUAAAACCUCUGUUACUUGAGCUUUUCUUGUAAGUGAUAAUUUUCCGUCUUUUGCCCAAGGUUCAUAUCCAACUUGAGCCAGAUAGUAAUAAGAAAAAGAAGAACCUUGAUGUGUGGACAACAGGAUCAAAGAUCAGCAAGCAAGGUAGUGCAACAUGUCAAACCUCCAUCACUAGCCCCAACCCACAGUGCAUUUUUUUUCCCAGUCUGCCACUCACACAAACAUGCAGACAUAACACCCUUUUUCAUGCACGCAAACACAUAAGAGACAUGUAAAUGUAUGCAGACAUGCGGAUACAGAGAUAGACCUGCAAAAAUGCAAAUAUGCAGACAUGCAUUCAUUCACACACAGACAUGCAGACAUUCUGAUGUGUGGACAGGCACACAAGUAGUCAGGCAGACAUGUCAACAUGCAGACACAGCUGGGGUAGAUCCAGGAUUUAGUGAACGGGGGUUCAGAUAAGUGUCCACUUAAGGUGGACCAUCCUAGGAGGGUCCUGGGCAUGGUCCCAUGCAAAAUUUUAAAAUUUAGACCCUCGGAAAGGUGAUCUCCAGCAUUUUAAAAGAAUAAUUGUAGGCUGUCACAUGUCUUUGAAACAACCUCUUUUUUAAUUAGCUAUUUUAAACAUGGAAGGCUCUUAAAAAUUUACAAUAAUUGAGACCAAUAUCGAAAAUAAAUUUGAAAUAACAGUUGUAAAUUUGUAUACGCUCUAAAAAUCUCUCUUUAAUUUCUUCAAAAAUGGAAUCAACAGGGCAUUUAAAACCAGGAAAAGACUCUCUUCCAUCUAUGUUUUUUUUCUUUUCAUCACAGUCAUUUUUCAAAAGAUAACAUAAUUUUUUUAAAGUGUUUGUUAGCGAUUUAUGUCCACCAAAGUUUUUCGUCAGAAACAGCUCAUGUGUGUUGAAACAUUUUCAUUUCGGUUUUGGGGGGUUGACACUAACCACUCAAUGCAAACCACCCCUGGAACCCCCCCCAGCGCAACCCGGCAGUCAUGCAGAGAUGCACACUCACAGACAUUCUGACAUGCAAACAGGCAGACAUGACACACAGACACACAGUCAAGCAGACAGAAGGAGUCGCGCUAAGAUGCAGACAUGCCUGAAAUAUAUGUCACAUCAGCAAUGUAGGUAACUACAAAGUGUGUGCCACCUACAGAUAAUCAUUGCUGACUUGCACUUAUGGUGCUCUUUGUUGUUAGCUUCUCGAAACUGCAUUUAAAUGCAUAAAUUUUAUUAUUCAACAGCAAGGUAACAGUUUCAAUUUGUCUCAUUUGAUGUGUAGGUCGAACAUUAAGCUAUUGGUGCUUCAGCCCAGGGCAUGCCAUGAAAGAUCUGGCCUCCCAUGGACUGCGCUCAAUUGUACUGACAAGUGGAACUCUGUCACCUUUGACUUCCUUUAAAACUGAGAUGCAAAUGUAAGAUGAUUGUGCAAGUGCUUCCUUGUCAGAUACUAGAGGAGAUACAGUAUACAGAAUGGAAAGCAAAUGAAGUGCUUUCCAGUUCUGUCAGUUAUGUUUUUCACUGUUUGGAUUCUCACUUCCCUAAGUGAUAUAGACAAGUCAUGAAAUUGUUGUUGUCGUCUUUUUGUCCUUUCAGUUCUUUCCCUGUUCAACUUGAAAACCCUCAUGUGAUUGAACGACAUCAGAUGAUGGUGGGUGUGGUCACUAAAUCACCUGAUGGGGCCAACUUAAAUUCAUCCUAUGAAACGAGGUGAGCUUAGUGAGGAGGGCAUAAGGGGGAUACCAACACCGCAAAACUGCACAGAUAUAUGAAUAAACACCGCACAGAAUAACAUUAAGGAAACUGCAAAUGGCAUUGAAAUUACCCAAAAAUUUCUGAAUACCGCAAACUGCUUGAUUUUGUAAAGCCACAAUACCGCAAAUUAAAAUAACAAUGCCCGCAAAACCGCAUCACCACAAACCCUUACGCCCCCCUCCUUAGAAAUACUGUGUCUCAAUAAGUGACUGCAUUGAAUCUAUACAGUUUUAUGAAAGUUUUUGGAGUAAAACUGUGUUUCACUUGAGUUACACUUAGAUUAUUGGAGUCACCAGAGCACUUAUGACCUAGUCAAUAUCGAUAUUACAGGUGUCGUAAGCUGAGUCAUGAGCUUUAAGGAAUCAGAGUUGCAAGAAUCAAAGCCUGUCCAUAUUUUCAACUCUGCUGUGUUAUGAUUGAGUGAAAACCAGAUUACUGGAGCUGUAAGCAGAAGCAUAAGAAUAAGCAAAUCACAAUACUCAUAUUCACUCAUCAUAAUAUUGGGUUAGUUCAAGUGCCCCUGUGUGGAUAAUGGUACAAAAUUAUUUGACAGCUUAAGCUAAGGCCAACUCUUCCAAGAAAUCCCCUUCUUUUAAAGGGAACUUCAGAGACAAAAAAUAUAUUCUUCAUUUCAUUCCCUGAGUACAACUCCUAUGAAUUUCCUGUUUAGGUUUACAACAGAAUACAUGACAGGAUUGGGAAAUGCAAUGGGUGAGUUUAAUAAUUCUAAAUUAGUAACAGCGUAGCCUGUUCCAGGCAUUCAGAUAGUAGAGUGCGGGAGAAAUUCACGAAGGAAAAAAAAAAACGUUUUCCUGGUGUACAACUUAACUCGCUGCCCACUUACUGCUGCGCUCUCCUACUCUAUGAACACCUGGAACAGGCUACUAACAGCUAUCUAGUAUCAUCAGUGGAAUAAAACCUCGAAAUGCAUAUUAAGAGAUGUUAAAAUUAAGGUAGUAAAGUAUUAAUAGUUACCUGUUGUCUCCACGUAUAGUCCUGCUCAAAUUUGUUCUAACAAUGUUCUGACUUUAAGUUUGAAUCAGUUAAUUUUGCCAGGACUGUACCAAAUGGACUUUUGGUGUUCUUCCCUUCUUAUCCUGUUAUGAACAAGUGUUUGGAACACUGGCAGGUAAAAACAUUUUGCACAGUCAAGCAUUUAAUGUGAGAUUUUUCUUGAUGGAAAUGGGUGAUAAAGUACUGUUUUUCUGGUAGGGAUCUGGAACGUGGUCAAGACUGGAGCAGCAUAAACCAAUUUUUGCUGAACCAAGAGGCAAAGGAGAGUUUGUUGAGGUUAGUGUCAUUUAACUGUUAGUUCACUCCAUGCCAAAGUUUAGGUUCCUACAUAACUUCUUACAGUUUAGAGACAGCAAAUGAUUUUUUCUUCAGAUGCCAUCUCUGUCCCCUUCAAACAAUCGUCUCCCCCAUCUCUCCCUAGAAUUUUCUACAAGUGCCCUGGGUAGUCUGUCUCCUAGAUGUUUUUCUUUUUUUUCCCAAGGAAUUUAACAAGUGUGUGGCAGUGAUCACGAGUGCUAAGCACAGGAAGAAAAGAAAACGUUUUUCUCAUUGACCCAUCCCCAGGCCACCCCUUUGCGUUAGCAAUUAAAAAAAUCUAGUUUGAUUUUUAAAUAAGCAAGGAGGCUCGAUGAUCUCUAAAGAAAAAAUAGAGGGCGAUGGAGAGAAUAUAGCCUUGGGCACUUGCUCUUUUCUUUUUAGAGAAGAAUUUCUAUUCCUCAAUGAUCAUAGAGCUCAAAACUUUAAGCUUUCAUUCUUUUCAGGACUCAAAUUGUCAAGGCAUCUGUCAUGCAUGCUGGAUGUACCAGCAAACCUUUGUAGUCUGUUAACUGGCUGUUGCCCCUUUUGAUAUUUCUUAAGCAUCCAAGAGAAAUUUUUAACUUUAAAUUCAUCUUUGAGGGGAGAACUUUUAUUUUGUUUACUGAUAAUUUUUUCGGUAUUUAAUUUGUGUUACUCAGACUAUGGAGCAGUUUUAUGAAAAGAUUAAUGAUCCCAACCACAAUGGUGCAACUUUUUUUGCUGUUUGUAGAGGCAAGGUAGAGUACUAUUAAUUUAUAUAAGCUUCACUUAUUUUAUUACACUUUUUUUUGUUGAUGAUUGACUGCAUGACUUUCUUAAAGGCUCUUAUUUUAUGACAUACUUAUUUUUUACAUUUGUGUAGGUUAGUGAAGGACUAGACUUUGCAGAUAUAAAUGGACGUGCAGUGGUGAUAACGGGUCUUCCUUUCCCACCAAAAAUGGAUGCCAAGGUAAAGCAGUGAUUAUGUAGACAAAGAAUAAAGUUCAGAGGGGUAAGACUAAGCAAUGCUGCUUCUCAAUAUUUCUGUGGGCUAAAGGUUAAUGUUUUAGACCCCAGUUCAAGAGGGUGUGGGGGUAGGGGCUACUGGUGAGUCCUUGACAGGGUUAAUGUGUUCUGUUCUGGUGAAGACUGUUUACUCUCACAGUGCCCCCUCAUGACUCCAACUAAGUGAAUAAAUGUGUAGCCUUCCAGCAAUUUUGAUGUUUGAGGUAAAUAACCAAUGGACAAGGAUCCCAUCAAGGAGUACAACCGACUAUCCCUAGCUGCUUCAUGGUAUGAAAACUAGGAUGAACUUUGGCCUGAUGAAACCCUUAACUUGAAUACAGAUUUUACUUUAACUCCCUUAUGCUACUCCAAUGGGAAGCAAAGGGAAGGUAUUUGUUAUGUACACCUAAGCACUUACUGUUAACAUCAAGAGUGUAUUAUAUACAUUUUACAAGAAUGGAAAAUUAUUAUUAAGUACAAGUAACAUAUAUAUACAUACAGGGGCACCCAAAGAGAAUAUAGUUCAAAACCACUUAAACAUAGCAUUGUUGAACUUAUCUUAGUAUUUAAACGGUAGAUAUAGGCAUAUUUUUAUCCCCUAAAAAUUUCCCAUCUGUUCGGAUUUCCUAGCUGAAAGUCUAGUGAUGCGAAAGUUAUAGGGAUCAAAACUUAUCUUUUCGAAAAUUUCAGCCAGAAAAAAGGCUCCCGAAAAUUCUAGGUGACCCUUUUAGGGUAAAGAUCCGUUAAAAAUGGACAAUUAUACCAUUUUUUAGAUGUCCGAAAAUCCUAGGAGUGGCAGGCAAGCAAGAAAUUUUACAACAAAUGUUCCGAAAAUUUUAGAUCUCAAAUAGUGUUCCGAACAGUUAGUUUCCAAAAAUUGUCGUUGGGUUCCCCUGUACAUAAUAUAUGUUUUUCUUAAAGUUAUGGAAUCUGUGUUGCUUUUGUUCAGGUGAGGCUAAAGAUGAGUUUCCUGGAUGAAAAUAUAAAGAAAGUCGGUCAUUCCACACAGGUACAUUAAUUAAUUUUUAGUGCUUUUUGAAGUACACUAGUUAAUGUACCAUUAGAAGUUACUGGGUCCCAGGGCUUCACUUGAAGUUCCACUAGUAUUGCUUUUGCUAAGGAAAGAGACGGUACUACUUUGUUGCAAAAGCCUUGGCCAAAGUUUGCCAGUCUUCCAGUCUCUUUUAGUGGACAGCUUAAUUUUGUUUGUCGGGCAGAGAAACGUGUUUCGACUUCUGUACAAAAGCUCUCUACCCAUGUCUUAAGGUGGCCUUUAUGCAGGGGUUUGACUCUAUUUAACAAAUCGACAACAAUUUUCUAUGGUCUACACUCUCAUCAACCAUAGAAAUGAUGUUAAAAUGUUCGAUGUCAUUUUUGUGCUCUUUAAGAGUAUAGACCCAAAAAAGGUGGUAAAGAUUUGUUUUUUACAAUCUCAUUGACAGUUUUUGACGUCCAUUUUCACUGAAUUUUCAAAACAAAUUGCGCCACCAUCACGUUAUUUCCUUGGUCUAUAAAUAUUCUCAUCAAUCACAGUCCUGGACCAAUAAACAUGCAAAAUGUCACUCUGUUAUUAUAAAAAAAACAAGUUUUUUUUGGAAAUGGAGAUAUCUCAAAUGAAAAACAUUCUUUUACAGGGUUUAAGUGGUCGGCAGUGGUAUCGUCAGCAAGCUUCCAGAGCUGUCAAUCAAGCGGUGGGACGUGUGAUCCGCCACAAGCAGGAUUUUGGUGCUAUUUUGCUGUGUGACAUGCGUUUCACCUAUCCUGAUGCAAUUCAUCAGUUACCUGCGUGGCUCAGACCCUAUGUAAAAGUUUAUAAUGAGUUUGGUUUAGUGCAGAGAGAUCUUAUACAGUUUUUUAGGAAUGCUGAUAAAACGGUAUGUGGUUCUUAUACUCCUUCUUAAACUAUGUCCUCUACUUCUCAGAACGUUGUAGAGAUGUUUUUAAAAACCUUCCAAUAGUAGCUUACCAAGGCUCUGACACUUUAAGCGAUAUUCUUGCUACAGCCUAAUUGCCAGAGACUAAUAAUUGUAACAAUGCCCGGGCCACUCCCGGUUCUUUACGGUGUAACAGCAGGAACUGCACCACAUGCCCCUAUAUUGACCACGACCGUGUCAAUUAUACUUUCUACUCCACGGGUGAAACCUACAAAAUCAAAUCUCACAUUACUUGUAAUACUUUCAAUGUUAUCUACAUGAUUCAGUGCCGCCUUUGUAAUUUGCAAUAUAUUGGGGAAACCAAACGCCGCCUCAAGGACUGUUUUAAUGAACAUAGACGCCCCUCCGGUAGUUACAUUUAAACCUCAGUUUCAGAACACUUUCUCUGCAAUAGCCACUCUGUUUCCCGUAUGUUACUUAUCCCAAUUGAAACACUUAGAUAUGAAAGCGAUUGUCUUAGGAAAGCACGUGUGAGGCGCACCUCAUUCAUAAAGCCAAAACCAUCGAGCAUCUGAGAAUGAACAAACGUGACGAACAAUAAUCAUUGUGUAAUCUUUAUCUUUUUUUUUGUUUAUUUUCUUAGCAGUCACACCUUACCACGUCAUCGUGGUUUUUCCUAAUAAAGCUGAUGAAGACUGGUUUUGGCCAGUCGAAAUAUUGUAUACUUCAGCCUUUUUCACGUUGUUUGAUCAGUCUUUGCACUGGUCUUUUUUACUUUAAUUCUAUUUUUACGACAGAAGUUAAGCUUAGUGACAACCCAAUCUAAAUAUGUGUUUAAGCUUGGUUGAUAAAGGGUUUUAAGCCACUGAAUCACUUUUUGUUGAUACUUGAUAAAUAUAUAUAUCUUUUAUUUGAAGGUCUAUUUCUGACUAUGAAACUUCACUCAAUGUUUAUACUCCUCCAGGUAGAUAAGUCCUCAAUAAAAGUUAAAGGAAUCAAACGUCAAGCAAACAAGACAGGGGGAUCAUUACCAUCUGCUGGUUGUUCAGCUGCUGAAAAUGAACUGCAUAACAUUCAACCCGAAACAAUGUCUUCUUUGAGGAGUAAAACAGUUGAAAUUGCUUCAUUGACAGAAAACUUCUUACGAGAAGGUACUCAAGUUUUACUGACCAAUAUAUUUGCUACGUUUUUAAAGACUUUAAUAUUUUGUCUGUUUGAAGCAAAUCAAGUUCUGUUUAUUUAUGGGUAGCAGACACUGCUAUGUUAUGCUUUAGUCUUGUGUACCUAACCUGUGACGAGAGGUCCGCUCUCCCCCCUCUCUUAACCCUUUAAGCCAACAAUAUCCACAUACAAAUUCUCCAGACUGAUUCCUCUACAUUUCUUUAAAGAAUAGUUGAGAGAAUUUGAUUAAAGAUCAAACCAUUCUCUCUUUGGUGAUCAUGUUAAUACCUCUCAUAACCUUUAAUCUUGAUCGUAAAGUGAUAAUAUUAGGAGAAAAUUAACGUUAAAACUUAAGGGUUUAAGUAUGCUGUCAGAUGUUCCAAAAAAUGUGUGACAUUUUCAAGUCCAAAGCCAACCCCAUGUAUCGUAAAAAAAAAUAACGGUAACAGUGUUUCUUCUAAGCUAUUGUUAUGUACUCGUAAGUAAGGGAAAGAGGCUUUCGCAUUUAACACUUAAUGACUGGUCCCUCAGGACACAGUUAAUUUUGUUUUCCGAGAAAUUCGAUUGAGACAAAAUUAACACUUUCCUGACGGACCAGUCUUUAACUGAUUUGUUAUAUGGCUGGAAAUUUUGAAGCUGGAUAUUCAUUAAACCUUGCUGCAAUGGCGGCGUUGGUCAACAUUCGCGGGUAACGGUGCACUUUUACUCUCUGACGUCAUAGAUUUUACAGUGUUGCCCGCUCAGAGAUUUUGGCGGGAAACAGUUCCAUUGUUAGAUAUCAUGUGACCUCGAAGUGACCAACGAGAGCGUGCGCUGUUUGGGAAAAAUUUCCCGCUAUAUAACAAACAGGUAUUGUCCCCGGAGUUUAAUUUGCGGUAAGUCAGCCAUAAGCUGGGCAUUUUUCUUUACACCCUCCUACUUCCUGAACGGUUACUAGGUUUUCUUGUAUCUCCUUUUUUCUAAUCUUGUCCUCAUAUUUUAGUCAAUUCCAGAAAUGGUAGUCAGUUUUUUCCACUUUGUUUUAAGUUUGUUAGAUUAGUUUCAAGUUUAAGUGGUCUAUCUAGAUCCGUCUUAGAGAGAGUUAAAGUUGGCCUUCUUUGCGUUCUGACAAGGCCUUUGUAUUGACCAUACAAAAUUCGUAUUCUUCCCGUUUCUAAUCUUGAGUGAUGUUUUAGCUUCAGUCUCGUCUGUCCAGCUCAAAUACGUUUACAAGUCAUCUGGUAUGAAGCAAGCGGUUAACACUACAAAACAAGCCAGCUUGAUUGAGUCUUUAACCAAUUCAGAGGUAAAAAUUAAUGUAUUGGAAAUGUUUGCCAUGUAAUAUCAAUAAGUACUUUUUGGAGACCUGUUAUUAAUGCAUUCACUUGAUAGAUUGUUAUUUUGGUAUUCCAGAGUGCUCUGGAAGUGGAUGUACAUCACAAAAGCCCCGAGCAGAAGGUCAGAGGAUGCUUAAUAUUUUGUUGUACUUUUUACAUCACUUUUCAUAUUAAGGGAGCUGUGUCACGAAAUUCAGCCGAAUAAGGAAAUUACAAAAUGCCCGUUAAAUUAAGAGAAACAUAAACAUAACCGCUUAAAACCGAGUAAUUGGUAAAAUUAAACAAUGAACUGGACUGCCUUGACACGGCCCCUCUAUCGACGUACCUCGCCUCUUCGCGCUCCGUUAUAUGCAUAACGCCUCUACACCUCUCCGCCAACCUGCCCUAUCCCUCGCACACGCUCUUGCUUGAACCCACGACCCCCACCCCGCCUCAGCUGUCUCUACAAAGUGAAUGUCAUCAGUGUGGUUACCUGGGUAGCCUCUUCAUUCUUCCCACUGCUGUCUCGAAAAAGUUGUCUAGUUUCAGUCAUGAUAUGGGACAUAAACCCAUCGUCCAACUCCCAACCUGGAGGACCAGGUGUUGCAUUAUGGUCUUUCACCCAAAACCUGCCCAGCACGUUUAAACCCACCGGGGACCAAGGUCCCAACUGGUAUAGCAUCCAAAUUUCCCAACCACAUAAAGGCGUAACACUAAGGGAGAACUUUUCAGAUAAACUGAAUUUUAAAUGAAUUUUAACUAAAUAAUGCUGUGUAUUGCUCUCCAUCUAAUAAUUAUUUUUAUGCUCACAUUUUUACAGGGAACAACCCUGUCAGAAGCUAUAAUGAAACGAAAGGAAGGAAAUAUUCAACCAAAGCCUAAGAGAGUUUUAAAGGUAGAAUACAGCUAACAGUAAACUGUAUUCAAAGAGAUCAACUUUUUAAAAUGAUCGUAACUUUUCCAAAGAUAUACUCCACAGCAAGGGUUUCAAAGGGCAGCUUUCUGGGGUGAAGCUGAUGUUUUUUCAUGACGACAGGUUUAAUAAAAGAUCGAAUGAAGUUUUUACAGACAUUGUUCAUACUAUUUUGGUACUUUCAGGUUGUAAAAGUCAAAGAAACGACAUCAAAACAGGUAUCCAAACUUACUGCUUUCCUUUCUUUGAAAAUAACAUUUGUAUGUACAAGGUAUGAUACAAGGAGCAAAGUUGCCAGAGGAUAUUUUGGUAGUUAACCCAGUUCUGUGUAGUGUUUAUCACCAUUACGUGCUAAAUUUUCUUCUUUCAGCCUGAGAAUCAAGAGGUGUCAUCUAAGUUGCAGAAAUUUAAUGAUGCUAAGGAGUAUGUAAUGAAGGUAAAUAGCAAAAACAAAAUAUUUUUUUUAAAGCGAAAUGUAUUUUGUUUAUCACUGUUGGUAACCAUUCCUAAAAGAUACCGCAUCCAUGGCUGACAAUCCUUGCAACCCGACCACUGACUCGUCCCCAGUCGUCUCUUAUCAUUUGUAAGCGGUCACGGAACGAUCGUGGGAGACUAUUACGGCAUCUGGUGCGAAGGGGAUGAUGGGAAGAUGAAAGGGGGAAAAGAAGAGACUCUCCUCUUUCCACCUUCCCAUCAUCCCUCGCACUUCUCUUGUCCGCGCUUCUCUCGUUAAUAGGGACCUUAAGAUCCGACAACGGCGACGGCGACGGCAACGAGAACGUCAAAGAAGCAAUAGGUUUAGUAAGCAAAGCAACAACUUUGCACGUGUGUCACACAUUUUUGUACAUUUCUUUGCCAUCACUUCACGACUACGAGGUGGAAUUUCACGUUUUAUGGAGGACCUAAACAAGCGACGAAGAAAUUUACUUUCUCUUUCUGAACUUGGAUAUAAGGCUCUUAGGAGAGUUCCUAUACAUAUGAAAAAAUAAGUGAUAUGGAAUAACUGCGAUGGAGAUUAAAGAAGCGUCAUGAAAGAGAGAAACCUCUGCUCGCAGGGCAACUGGAAAGCCAAACGCUAUAAAAAUGCACUUAAGCCCAAAAGCACGUGGGUGAAGUCUCUCUGUCGCGUAAAAUUUUCGUACAUACACACGUAAAAGUCACGCGGUGGUAAAAAUCAACCUUAGUGACAGUAACCACAUACAAACCUCCCCACCACAUACAGUAAAGAUUAUAGUGUUCUUCGUCGUUUACUUUGUUCAAUUUCUUUUAACUGCAUUUCUGCAAGUCUAGGUGGAGUUGCAAGGGAACUCCUUUGUGUUUAGCUAGGCAGUAUUGUUCCUCAAACGUGUCGAGUUAUUUUCUGAGCUUGAUAAGACAUCGUUCUUAUUAGCUUGUAUCCUUAAUUUGCGAUGUCUGAUGUUAAUGUGCUGUUCUGUGUUUGCAGGUAAGGAAAAGCCUUGGUGAUGACCACUAUAGAAGAUUCUCAGAGAUUUUAGUUAACUAUAAACAGGUUUGUUCCCUUGCGAUCGCUAUCGUCAUUUUUUUUUAAUGUACAAGGUUACCGUUAAGAUGGAUAAACUUUUCAUUGUUGUUUAUUGUACGUUCUUAUUUUUUUCAGAGGCGUGAAUUAGGUGCUUUAAUAGAAGGCCUUAAGAAGCUCUUUUUAAGAAGUGAAGAACAGUAUCCGUUAUUCCUAGGUAUGCUUAGUUCAUUGUCUUGUGGGAUCUUGGAAAUGCAAUUUGAAGAAUCAAUACUUCCUUUACUUUUUGGUUGUGAUUUAAGAGUUACAUUUAACAAAUCGACCACAAUUUCCCAUGGUCUUCACUCUUAUAGACCAUAGAAAUGACAUCAUAAAAUGUUCAAAACUCAAAUGGAACCACGAGCCGCAGGCGAGUGGUUUCACUGCAAAGUUUUGAACAUUUUAUGGCGUCAUUUCUAUGGUCUAUAAGAGUGUAGACCAUGCAAAAUUGUGGUCGAUUUUGGUUUUUACAAUAACAUUUUUUUUUUUGCGAAAAACCAUAAACAAAACAACCGGCAGGGCGAGACAUGUUACGUUAUUUCCAUGGUCUAUACUCUCAUAGACCAUUGCUCUCGACCAAUCAGCGCCGGAGGAUUCGCUCAGUUAUUGUAAAAUUUGCUAUUGUCCAUCCUCUUGAUAACAAAGUGAGAAACGUUCGUUUUUGAAAACAGGUUUUUCAAGUUAUAUCCGAGAUCCAGCAGACAAAAUGCGGUUCUUUCAAGCAUAUACUGAUAUCACAGGCUUAGGUAAGAAAAUGCAAAAAAGUCAUAUACAGAUCUGUUGAGGGUAUUUCAUAGUUGUAACACUAUGUGCCCUGACUACAGUUUUUGGUAUGUUUGUGACCUCUGCCUCUGCACCAUACCCCAAAUAUUAUCUCCGUUUAUAGAACUACUAAACUUUUAACCUCUAUCUCUCAUUACCUAGACCUGAGAAUAGUUACAUCUCUGAUAAGAGAUGAAUCCUGUUGUGUUGACCUUUGUGCAUAAGUCGUCAAUCUAUCAGUAAAAGGGUGAUCAUUCCUUUUAUGCACCGCUAAGUAAUUUAAUUUGGCAUUUGUUCAUACAAGAAUAGUUUCUUGCUCAUUAUGUUACUGUAAUUUCUUUAAGUGAAAUUUCCUUACUGCGUAUUUUCCAGUUGUUCCAUCGGAUUAUAUUGCUGGUCUUAAGGUCGAAAAGGGAGAACAGUCUUGCCUAGAAAAUGGUAUGUUUAUUAAUACAUUGAACUUGUACAUACUUUGCCUAAGAAGAGACAAUACCUAUGGUAGACAUGUAUAGUGAAGAAAUAAACGCAAAAUAAGAUCGUCUAUGAUCUUUUUUGUGUUUAUUUAUGUGAAUAUCUUUCACCUUUAUGAUAACCAUAUUUGGUAGACCUCGGAUUGCCGCCUUUCUGACAGUUGAAAGAGACUGGGGAGGCAUAAAAUUUCUGUGCAGAUUCCUGUUCAGUGAGAGCCAUUUUGUGAGGUCAUGAUUUUGGAUUUUAGUGGAAAAAGUGUAUAUGUUGUGGUUCAGUUUUGUCCUUGGUUUGAAUUUUACUUUCCGUUUUUUUAAACUCAUUAUUCUAAAAUUACCAUACCCUAAAACAAACAAAAAGGAAAUUUCAGCCAAAGAUAACUUUAAGGAAUUAAACCACAACACCUACAGGGAAGCAUAACUAAUGUAAUAAAUAUUAAGUAACUGUUAUAAGGAUGUGUCAGUUGGCGGAAUUUUAAUAGCAAAAUUAAAGAAAAUUUUACCAGAAACGCUUGUCUCGCGGAACCUCUGAAAGCCCGGGGGAGGGAGGAACAGUAGGAAACAAAGAGGGAAAAACAGAAAAGGAGAGAAAAAUAGUAACGCAAGCAGGUUAUGGGCUCCUGACACAAGUUUACCAGGACUAGACUGAGGAACCAAAAGCAUAACAGGCACCAGAAAUAUCACCAUGCAGGAAAAUACUUGAGAGGGACGUUAGUAUACUGGACCCACUGUUUGAAAGGGAAAAAUUUCUUUGAUAAACGGUUUGAAAGAGAAAAAUUUGGAAUUUGGAGCGCAAGCUUCCAAAACAUCAUUGAUCACAGUUUUGUUGGUAGAGAACUCGGAUUCAACAGUCAUGUGUGAAGACAACUCAAGAUUCCACUGCGCUAAACGAUCCCCGCGCAUCACCAAUUUACAGUUUGGCAUAUUCAUUGCAUUUUGUGACUCAGCCUCUGACGUUUAUAUUGUAUUCAGAUGAUUGCAAAGUUGGAAAGAAAAGGAAAACCGGGGAGAGUGACUGUAUAGUUUCAGCGGAACCUUCUGAGAAGAAAACUAAAACCCAAGGAAAAGAUAAGGUGAUUUAUGAUGUAACUAACUAUUAUUUUAGGUAGGGUAGGUCUAAGUGGUUAAUUCCCACAGGGAAAUAAACACAUACACAGAAGUAGAGCUAAAGCGAUUAAAAAAUAUAAAGUCAAUAAAAACGGUCAAGCUCAGCUUUGAAUUUAGCAAUGUUUGGCUGGUCCAAUGUGGCAGCAGGGAGAGUAUUCCAUAG